AUGCUGAAUGUUUUUACAGCAAAAGACAAGGGUCCACAGGAGAGGGGGCAUUGGGCGAGUAAAGUGGAGUUUCUUCUUGCUGUGGCUGGAAAUGUUGUUGGUCUUGGCAACGUUUGGAGAUUUCCCUAUCUUUGCUACAAAAAUGGAGGAGGUGCAUUUAUGGUGCCGUAUCUGGUGUUUGUGGCGACUUGUGGAGUUCCUCUGUUUCUGCUGGAGACCUCCAUGGGGCAGUGCACCCAGGAAGGAGGCAUCACCUGCUGGAGGAAAGUCUGUCCUUUGGCCGAAGGUAUUGGUUACGGAGGCUCAGCUGAUCCUUCUGUACAGCUGUAUUGA